AUGUACGAUUAUGACUACAAUAUUUCCACUCAAAAAAUUCGGUCUAGUAAUGACUAUCCAACAGAUUCAUAUAGGCAAUUCAACGUAAAAGAUCUUUCAACUAAAGAGUUGGAAGACAUUGUUAGAGGUCAAUUACCUUCUAAAGACUCGCCCCGGUUUUCUUCUCAUCGAUCGAUAAGUCCGCUCUCUAGACUCAAUAAGUCCCCUCCACGAGAUGCUUCUUCAAAAUCCUUAGCUGGCGCUAUGAGAGCUUUACAAGACAAAAUUCAUCUGUUAGAAACUGAAAAUUCUGAUUUAAAAGAAAGACUAAUUGCGGCAGAAAGCAAAGGACAAAAAGACAGAGAACAAUGGCAAGCCAGAUGCAUGGAAGAAUUAAAGCAAGCCAGUACGAAAGACAAAAGCAUGCAAAGCAGAAUCCUUGAACUAGAAGAAGAGCUUAGAAAGCAUCUGCAAAGGGUUUUGAUUUUAGAAGAACAAUUGAAAAUAAAAGAGACACAAAUCAGGCAUUGUGAAAACGAAAUUAAAAGAAAUAUUGAUCAAUAUGUGAUUGAUAAAGAAAAUACUUCACUUCAGCUGGAACAUCUUCAAAAGCAGCUUGUGGCGAAGUCAAAAGAAGAAAAAAAUCUGAAAUUAGCAGCUGAAAAAUCUGAAAGAGAAAAAAACCUAGCCAAUGAAGAACUAGCUCAGGAAAAACGCAUUUCCAGCGGCUUAAAAGCUGAAGUGCAAUAUCUUCGGGAGAACGCCAGCUCUCAAAGAUCAAGUCUGCAAAAGGUGAAUAUUAAUUAGAAUUUUGAAAUUAUUGAAGCUGAAUUAACCAAGCAAAACCAAGAUUUUUCACAAAAAAUAAGAGAGCUUGAGAUUAAGUUAAGAAGCUUAAAAGAGCUUAAUAAUAAUCAGUCUCAGCAAAUCGAUUUCUUAAAAAAGGAAAAUCAGCAAUUGCAAACAGCAAAUAAAGUUUCUGAAGAUUCCAGAGUAGAAGUAUUAAGAAAUAAAACCAACGAUGACUCUAUGCUUUCUCAAAAAAAAGUUCCCAGAAAGCCAUCUAGAAGUGGAAAAUUAUCUGUGACUAUAAAAUCAAAAUCUCCAACUCCUCAUUCAAGCACGAAAUCACUAUUAUCUGAGCCAAAUAGAACAGCAAGGCAUCCUUAUGGAACUCAAAAGAAGUCGCUGGGCGAGAGAAGCUUAUCACAGUUAAUGCCAAAUAAAGCUGAAAGAGAUGAGGAUUGCCAAACAGACAUAGAAAAAGUUGAGCAAGAAAUCAGCAGUCUAAAUAUAAAAUAUAAACGAUUAUUGCAGCAUUCUCAAGAAGCAACAGGAGAUCUUGGGGGUCUCAGGAGAGAAUUAAGCUCACUUGCUGCUGAUAUGGAAAAGAAAAAUGAAGAGCUGUAUGAGCUAAAAAGAAGACAGCAAAGUAUUCUUAAGCAGCGCUUAUUUUAA